AUGGACAAAGAUGCGGCACUUGUCACGACAACUGUUCCAGAUUACCACGAUGGACUACACGAGAAGAUGAACAAAUCCAAACAUGACACCCUCUCCUCUGGUUCCUCAAGUGGCGGCGGAUUCCAGCGCUAUAUCAACCAACUCGCCAUCAACAACUUUGGGUUCACACUCCAAGUAGCAUGGGAGGCUGUUGGCCUCUCAUUCCAACUUGCAUGGCUGAAUGGUGGUCCUGCCGCGCUCGUCUGGGGAUCUAUGAUCGCUGGCAUUGGCUCUACCCUUGUUGCUGCAGCUUUGGGAGAGAUGGCCUCCAUGGAUCCCACUGUAGGUGCACAGUACAGAUGGUCGGCGCGCUUCGCUCCAUUCGCUCCUGAAUUCUGGGGGUUCAUACAGGGUUGGAUCACAGUCAUUGCUUGGAUUUGCAGCUGCGCCGGCGCCUUCUCCUUCAUGUCCAAUACUUUAUCCGGCUUGAUCAUCUUCAACAGUCCAAAUUACGAGCCUAAGGCCUGGCACUCGACGGUAUUCCUGAUCGCUUUCCUCAUCGUUCCGCUGGUUCUCAACCUUUACUUGCGAAAGAUCAUCAAUUAUUUGGAAACAAUCGGUGGCAUCUUCCACGUAGUCUUCUUUGUUGCUAUCAUUGCGACACUCUGUACGCUUGCGAAGCGCAGUACGCCCGAGUACGUCUUCAUGACCUUGCACACAGAUGCUGGCUGGACCAACCCUGGUGUCGCAUUCUCUAUUGGCAUGCUUGCUGUAGCAUACCCUAUCAGUAGUUUUGAUGGUGUUCUACACAUGAUCGAGGAGACCAAAGAACCUCGUAAGCGGGUACCCAAAGCUAUGAUCUUAGCGACUUCUUUGAACGCAAUUAUGAUGAUCGCCUUUUGCAUUUGCUUAAUGUUCUGCAUUGGAGAUGAAGAGGCCGUCGCAAAUUCAAUCUUGCCGAUUACGGAGGUCUUCUACUCUGCCACAGGGUCCAAGACAGCAUCAACGGCAAUGACGAUUUUGAUGGGGCUCCAACUCAUGGUUGGCAACUUCAACAUUGUUGCCUCCGUAGCUCGAUUAGUCUGGCGAUUCGCAUCCGACAAGGGUCUUCCUUUCCACCAGCAUUUCACCUACAUCCAUCCGACACUCCAAGUGCCAAUACCCGCACUGUUCCUAGUCGGCCUCAUUUGUUGCCUCCUGUCGCUGAUCAAUCUCGGUUCGGCAGCCGCCUUCAAUUCGCUCGUCUCCCUACCCACCAUCGCGCUAUACGUAUCAUACCUCGUCCCUAUCACGCUCUUCACGGCUCGUCAGCUUGCCGGUAGACAUCCGAAGUACGGGCCCUUUCAAUUAGGCAGAUGGAGCAUUCCGGUCAAGCUUUGCGCCAUUGUCUACUUGAUAUACGUUAUUAUCUUUGUUUCGUUCCCAGCAUCCAGACCGGUGACAAGCUUAACUAUGAACUAUGCGCCACCGAUUCUUAUUGGAUUUCUAGUCAUUGCAAUGGUAGAUUGGUUUGCAAGGGGUCGCAAGAAGUUUGAGGUACCUACAGCCGCACUCGAAGACGCGGAGGAAGGGAGGCCGUAG